AUGGAGGCCUCGGCCUUCAUCACUUUGAGGAGCCCUUCCGGGCCGACGCUCGCGAUUGAGGCCCGAGGAGUUGGUUUGGACACCAAGAGAUGGACUGCAGCCCACAGCAAGCUCGGCGCUGCAAGCUGCUCAGGCACCGGAACCGCCGUGACGGCCCUCGCCGUGUGUCGCCUCCGAGCGCGGGGUGUCCAGGCUGCGCGGCGCUCGCGGCAAUCCCGGCUGAGCUGCCGAGCGCAGGAGGAGUCUGCUGAAGAGCAGCUGGCUGCCCUGGAGGCCGAACUGGAGGCAUUGGAAGAUGAGAUGGAGGAGGACCGAGUGAGGCAAGCCGAUUUGGAGGAAGCUGAGACCAAGAGCAAGAUCGAGCAACGCUUCAAAGACGCGGCGCCUGGCUUAGACUCGCAGGUCGUGGCUGGAAGGGGCGCCGAUGCCGUGGGAGUCACGGCCACGGUGGCCGUUUGUGGCCGUUCGCAUGACAGCAGUGUGGCCCAGCGUGUGAUGAAGCUCUUGGCGGCCGCUGAUUCACCGCCCAUUUUCUUGGAUUCGCAGGAGGUGACCAGGAUGAAGUUCGAAGAUUUGGAUGAGAUGCUCAAGACCUGCACGGCGGCGGUGAUUUGCCCCGAGCCCUCGGAGGCCACGGAGCCCGCCUUGGAGCAAGCGAAGCUGGCGCUGCGUAGCAUUUUGUCUGGCGCCGAGGAGCUGAAGGAGGUGAUCUUGUUGAGCCAUGUGGGGGCGCAGGAUGACAAGGGAGGGUUCAACUUGGGCGCCUUCUUCACGCCCAGUGGCACCUCCUGGGCCUCCAUCGAGGAUGAGCUGACUUCGACCGCCAGGGCUCGCAGCACCAAUCGCCCGCUGCGCUACGUCAUCGUGCGCGUCGCCGAUCCACCCGAGACGGUCUCCAGCGCCGGAGAGGUGCGCUGUUUUCCGGCUGCAGAAGGUGCACCGGUCUCAGGAAGCACGAGCCUGGAUACUGCGGCAGAGGCCAUUUUUCAGGUGUUCAAUCGCUCAGUGAACUCCAGCUUUGUGGUCAUAGAGGAGGGGGAGCGCGAUGUGGCCCCCGACUGGGGCGAGCUGCUCCUGCCCUUCGUGGGUCCCGAGGUUUGGCGCAUCGAUGUGGCGAAUGUCACCCGCGCCGUGCUCUUCCUCCAACAAUGGGCGGACGAGUUUUUUGGCCCGGGGAAGAGUGCGCUGCGGCAGGGCGUGAAGACUCCCGUGCAAUUUGAAAAGACCUCCUCUGGAGUUCUGUUCAAAUUCCGUCCAUUGACGGUCAAAGACGAUCCCUUUGAAUCACUCCAGGAGGGCGGUUUGGAGUUCAUCGUGGAGGAGCCGCCCAACGGCGCGCCGCCCCGCCUGCGUGCUCGGCGUUGCGCGUAUGGCUGGAAGGUGGUGCCUAAGGAGAACUCCGAGCGAGCGCUUUUGGAGAAGUUCAAACGUGACUGGGCCGAGGCUCUUUGUUGCCACUCCGCCACCGAUUGGCAAUCGAACAUUUUAGCACAGGGCAGGACGGUGUUUGAAGGUUUCCGCCUGGUGGUGAAGGCUUCAGGCCCAUUCAAGAAAGCUUCGGAGAGCCAGUCUCGGACUUCCCGCGAGGAGCUGGCCAAUGCCAAUCGCCUCCCAGAGGCAAUUGAGAGCUUCAAAGCCGCAGCCAGGUUCGUGGGCGAGCACGUGUCCUUUGCCAAUUUGGGCGUCGCGUAUAUGCGCAACAAGGAGUUUGGCCUGGCCUACAAGGCUUUGCGCAAGGCGAUUGCGCUGAACCCGGAGGACACGCAUGCGGUGGAGAACCUGGAAGUGCUGCAGAGCUUUGCCUCGAGCCAUGGAUACGACCGAAAGAAGCUAGAAGCCUUAGGUCGCAAGGCUGAGCUGGAUCUCUUGCCCUCCUCGGCCAGAGCCGAAGAGGAAGUACCCAGGAGCGGGCGCGAACACCGCAUCCUCAACAGCCCAGCGCUGAUUGGCCGCCGGGCCAAAGAGCUUGAGAAGCGCGGGGAGAAGAAGGUGGCGCGGGGGUAUCUCUCGUUGGCUUUGCACAUGAACCCCUGGGUGGGCCUUGAGGUACCCUGGGUGGAUGACAUGGUUUUCGAAGAAAGGAGCCGAAUGACAUACUGGACAGGCAAUGCCUUUGUGGGCUGGGACAAGACGCGAGUGGAAGAUAUCAUCAACUCGCACUUCAAAGACGCUCCCGAGCCAGAGGUCUAUGAAAUGGCGAUCUAUGCCUGGCGCAACCUGCAGUUGGUGAAGCACUCCUGCUGUGGCAUCGACAACGUGGCCGUCUUCCUGUCCCGUGCACGAAAGUUUGCCCACCCGUAUUUGGUGCCUUUCUUGCAUUUAACGCCUGAGUAUUUGCCGAACCUCAAGAAGGAGAACAAGGCCAUGUACAACUCCUUCAAGGAAUGGUGGGAGCAAAACGGGCGCAAGCCUCCGCCUCCUCCCGCCAUCGAGUUCAAUGGCGAGGCCACCUGGAAUUGGGAAUGGAUGAAGGUGGUCAUGCCCGCGGACCGAGUGCCCGAGGGCUGGGAAGUCUUCACCCAAGCAGCGUUGCUGUACCGCUUGCGUGACUACGAGGGCGCGCGCAGCGCCCUGGGUGAGGCUCUGCGGAUCAACAGUGAGCUUGCAUUGGCCACGGAUGAGCUGCUACCGGGCUUCCACAGCUUCGUACCUCCGCGUGCAGCGCUGGUGCCCGUCCGAACGAAGUACCUAGUGUGCCCGGGGAGCCCACCAGUGGGGGGCCGUUUCGGUUGA